AUGCCCAUCGAAAUCACGCUGGAACAAGUGCAGAAAGCGUUCAAUAAAGCCUAUCCCACUGCACCAUACUCGAAUGCUAUCAAGGUCACCGAGUUGACGAGUGACUCAUUAAGUUACACGCAGGCUCAUCGCACGUAUAUUAUUGAUCUGUCGUUCUCGAAAGAAUUGCCUACCACGUAUUCAGCUUUUCUCAUAGCUGCAUCUGCUGCACCAUUCGCUUCGACCGAGCCCAAUGUCACCGAAACCACAUACCAUUCAAACACUCUCCAGAUCUACGCCAAGCUCAUUUCUUUAGUUAAGAAGUUCACGUCUCUUCCUUUUGAUUAUCCAACGCUGGAUACAUCUUUGUCCGCGAUUCCUUAUCCCUAUCUGCUUACAACCCCCCGUCCUAUAACGUCACUAUCCAUUAUUUCUCUUUCAUCCGCUAGGAAGAAGAAAAUUCUUUCUCCACAGCAUAACGCUCUCAUUGACCUAACUUUGGGACAAAUGCUUGGCCAGCUUCAUUCCGGAGUAUUGAAUGAAUGGUUCGGUCUUCCUCUUACAUUGGAGCCUACCAAUCCUUCCUACAGCUGGCAGGAAACUUUCAGUUUAUUAAUCGAGUCUCUUCUUCACCAGAUCCAAUCUCAUGCAGAAUACAAAUCACUUGAUUUACCAUACGAGGAUAUCCGACGUUACCUUUCGAGAGCCAUCGCGUUUUAUCUCUUCGACGACGUCGAAGCACCCUCCUUGGUUUGGUUCACAGGAUCCGAGGACGACGUUUAUGUCACUCUUCCUCCUAUUGGGUCGCCCGAUCCUCCGACCAUUGUCGCUAUACUGCCUAAUCUUCCUCAUGCUUUCUGGGGAGACCCGCUCUUGGAAUCGCUCUUUCUUCCUCCCGGGCCCACUGAGGCCUUGAGAGAAGGUUAUCUGGCAGGGGGUGGACACGAACUCGUCGUGUUUUCCCGACAGAAAACAAAGAGACUGUGGUAUACCGUCUUUUUGGCAUUGGUAGUUUUGAAGGAACGCAUUGGUGGUUGUGUUGGAUUAGAAGGGAAAUGGGCAUGGGCGAUAGAAGCAUUACGGGAAGCUGUGGUGACCCUCAAGGAUGCGCCAUGCUACUGA